CACGACGUCACCACGCUAAAGUUCUGCAACAAUGAUCCAUUGAUGGCACGAAAAAAAAUCCAGCACAUUGUCUGUAUUUACUGGCUUCCAUGCUUCUGUUCGCAGAAAUCCGACCACACUGUACAAAAGCAUCAACGAUACACGGAGCACGGAAGAACACUCCUACGGCGUUAAACGAUUCGCAAGAGUUCGCACCCACGCCAACAAAUUCACCCAAGCUGGAACAAACAUGGGUGACAAAUUGUUUGUGCCCGGCACAACGACACUGUCAAUGACUUCUCGUGACACCCGAAAUCUCCUUCGGAAAGGCGUUAUAGGAGUUACAAAAAUACAAUGCCAGCAUAUCAAACAGCCCCUCUCCCGGAAUUUCUGUACGACCCCUUCGAACCCCUGCCUGUCAUGCGGGAACCCCGCGAAUUUUAUCUGAUUACAAAACAGGUUUCACCAAAAUACAGCAAAGGAGUCGCACAACAAACCAUGGAACACUGAAACCGGCGAGCAUUGCGAGAGGACAAUCGCCAGCGCCUUGCGGACGACUUUUUGUGCCGAAACUGAAGCAGGGAGACCCAUUAUCCCAUUAGAGACGACAGUAGAACGCAGUCACAACGGCGAUUUGGGGAACGGCCUACUAUGCGAAACAUGAUACUUGUAUUCUAAUCAGGUAUAAAAACGUGGAACAGGCGCGUGAAGUUUUAUUCUAGAGUUUCGAAGGUAUAGCUAAGCCCUCAGCGUAACAACGUUUGCUGACGCUCACCUGUGUAAAGCUGCGUCGCAUCUGCGUGCCCAUGGGGUAACACGCAACUGCUGCUACCAGGAAAGUGUCGCUACUGUGAAAUCGCUGCUUGUUUACCUGCUUUCCCCCUGCUGACAUUUGUUUCAGACAGGAGAGAGAGAGAGGUGUCCACUGGGAUGGACGCGCAGCGUUCAAGUCGAUUCCAGCAGGUCAAAGCAUCGAUCAUUCAACUCGUCUAUUGGUGCCUACUGAAUGCUACCAUGGUGCUUCCGAUAUUUUGUGUAGUUGUAUGUAUGGUAAUCGCCAAUAAUGUCGCCGGAAUGGACGCAGGCGACAAGAUCCGGCCUUCUGGAGAAGGGGCCGGGAAUAAAGUCACUCACUCGCAAAGCGAACCCCAUUUUGGCGGGCCGCAUGCCAUUGAGGCACCACUACAGGCCGCGAGAAGAGAUGACAGAAAGACAUCGAAUGAGGAGAUACACAAACAAUCAGCGAGUGAUGACACAACCCAUUUGGAACUUGUCCGCCUUCGAACAGAAAAGAAGAAGCAACCGGGGGGCGUCACGCCAUGGCUAAGACGACGCUGGAUUUAUGCCGCCGGUGUUGCUACGGCUGUGCUACUGGGAGCUUACGGAUUCCGACAAUUUCGUGAGCGGCGGCAGCGACGCGACCAGGAGGCCAGAACUCUUGCAAUGGCUGCAAGAUACUUGCAGGGCCGCGCGGAAGCAUCGAGGAGGAUUGAGAGAGAACUUCAGAAGAAGGAACGAGAUGCUAGUUGGUUUCUUCCGAAUGCUAGGAACGCCGAGAUCGUCUCCAAGGGCACGCCACGACACGAGAAAGAGAAGGCAGACAAGCAAGCAUUAGAACGGAUUGUCGAAAUGUUAGAGACCCAGCGAAUGAGAGUUGCUAAAAGCGAAGAGGAAUUACGUGCUGCACGCAGUCUCCUCAUCAGGGAAAAUCCUCAACUAGCCACAAUUUCUUUGACCGAACAGGAAGAAGCAGACGCCGCCGAACGUGGACGAGUGACUGAAGCAAGAGGUUUCUUGAAUUAUUACCUUCCAGAGACCGAGAAGUUGGAAGACGAUUUAGUACCUGAAAUGCGUGAGUUCGCGGGUGCAGCGUUGCAAGCACCGAGGGGCACGUCUGAACGACGCGAGUUUUUAAAGAAGGCAUUGAGUACUGCUAAGGAGAGGACAUCUAGAAGGGUGUGGAUUUACGUUUCGGGAGUAGCCAAUGACCUACCGACAACUGUGGGUGUACAGGCCUCUCGUUUAGAAGAGCGCCUUGGGACGAGUCAGGAACUUCAACCGGAGUACGUCGCUGUGGCCGAACGGAAAUUAGACCAGCUGAGCGAGCCGGAAAUUUCACACUCAGAUACUCAAUAAGACAGACGUUGAAGCCUGUUGUUUGCGGUCGUUUUCACAUGUACCAUAAAGAGUCAACAUAAGGCAUGUGCUAUCCCUUGUCGUUUUUGGUGCCAAUCUUUGAACGUUGGUGUAUUUCCUCGAAAUAUCUCUUUGAGUCUUCAAAGGAAGCAGUCGCUGGUGAAAGGGCGUGGGUAGGGGAAUUACAAAAAACCUUCCUCGUCUCGUGGGAGAGGUGUAAUGCAUAUUUUCCAAGGCAAACAGUGAUUCGCAGUUUCAAGGAUUCACUUAAGAGUAUGCGAAUGCUACUGCUGGCAUUCAUUCGUCCCUGGAAGGAAAUCUAUGGGGUCGACCGGAUGUGACUUGCCUCUUCAGAGCCUACGACAAC